UGAUUAAAACAUCAAAAACUGAUAGAAUUGAGAUCUUAUUUCUUAUUCUUGUUUCGAGCGUUUGAUGAAUAUUACCAUAAUUUUGGUUGGAGACGUUAUACGUGAAUUAUUUAUACUACAGUAUUGACGUCAGUAGUCUAACUACUUUAAAAUAAUAGUAAAAAUGUUUCUCAAAAAUAGUCUCCGAACUUUCUCUGGCAAUCAAAUUAGAUAUUUAUUAAAUAAAAAUAGCACAGUACCAAAAUGUAUUAAUUACAAAAGUUCUGCAUCAUUAUCAACAACGAAACUUGCAUUGGACGAAGAAAAAAUCAAAGUUACCUUCGUGCUAAACGACGGUCGGCGUUUGGAGAGCGAAGCGAAAGUAGGCGAUACACUAUUAGACGUGGUCGUGAAUAAUGAGUUGAAUAUAGAAGGUUUCGGUGCUUGUGAGGGCACUGUAACAUGUUCCACCUGCCAUGUUAUACUAAAACCGGAGGAUUUUAAGAAACUUCCCGAGGAAGCGAGCGAUGAGGAAAGAGACAUGCUGGACCUGGCAUUCGGUCUAUCGGAAACGUCACGUCUAGGUUGUCAAAUUAUCCUGUCAAAAGAACAAGACGGCUUAGAAGUGAAAGUACCAGAGACAAUCAAUGACGCGCGCGGCUGAUGUCCGCCAUUUUAUUUCAAUGAGGGUAGUUAGGAUAAUGAAAUUGUAGUGAAAAUCGUCACAUAAGGUGUAGAUAUCCGUUUUAGAUAAAUGUUUUUAUUGUAUUUGGCUCAAAAACAUGUGAAUGCAGCGCCAUCUACAACUUUAGUGAAUUUUAUAGUUGAAAUGAUGUUCUAACGAAUAUAGGAAUAGAGUUUCGGGUAAAUUUUUAUCUUGUUGA